AUUUAUUUUAACAGCGAUAAAAUAUAUCACACAGCAAAAAGUAUGCAAUAUGCGAAAUGGUUAUUUAUUAGUGUGGAACUCCUAUUCUUUGUACAUAGUGGGUGCGUUGAUCAAAACAAAUUCAAUAAAGCCAUUAAAAUAGCAAAUGAUGUGUUUGGUGAAUACUAUCAUAUGUUCGAUGAAUGCAUAAAUACACCAAUGUCGAAUCAAAGAUUUAUGGUGGACAAUCUCAACAGUUACAUCAAUGACUUUUCCAAAACGACAGUGGGUUACGCCCCCCUCUUCACCAGCAAUCGCAAAUUCUUCGCCAACAUGCUCAACACCGCCGCCUUCAAGAACAUGAUGGAAAAAGACAUUAACACAUUGCACUUAAACUACUUGGAGAAAAUGAAGUUCUGCGACGAGUCUGUUAUGGACCAGGAUAGUUUGAGACAGUUCUACGAUAAAGAAGUGGACCAAACUAAAUUAUAAUUUUUUAUAAAAUUAUUUAUUUAUUUAUUUAUUUAUUUAAAGCACGCCAACAAUAUGUGUAUUGUUGGCGUGCUUUAAAUAAAUACCAUUAAAAACAAUACAAUAUGCCACAAAAAAUCUGAUAUGUAUAUUAACGCUAGGCGCACAUAACAUUUUAUAUAAUUUCAUGUCAACACUUUCAUAAUAAUUAUAUGUCAAAUUAUAUAAUAUGUUGUGUAAUUUACUAGUUUAUUAACAUUAUCAACCCAUAUCAUU